CUGCAGUAAUUAGAUAAUUGUUAAAAAAUAUGGCAUUUCCAUUUCUAAAGAGAGGUCAUUAAAAAUAGAGGAUAUUCCCCUGCAAGUCUGAACAAUUAUUUGGUGAGUGUUAGCUGAAAUCAAAGAGAGAUUGGACGUUUCUAACUAACAACAUGAGAAUUGUAGUAAGAAGAGCUCCCACGCUAGUAAGAAGUUUACUUGCCUUUCAAUUCUUUUUGACAUCAUCCGGAAGUUCCACGUGCAACGACACAGUCGCAAUACCAUGGCAUCCGUCUUGGUUUCAAAGCAGAGAUGACUUAUAUUGUAAAAAUAUUUGUUUGGGAAGAGGAGAUUAUGAGCAGUGCUGUGUCUGCAACUCCUGUACGUCUUGGGAAGGUGAAGAAAUUGAUUUAUUUAUAGAAGAAUUAUCGGUGACUGGGCCGAAUGUCGUCCUUCCUCACCACUCGGUAAAUGAUUCAAACGUUUAUCAAAUCUACAGAGGAUAUUCAGAAAUGAAAGAACUUCCAAUAAACAUAUGCAACAACAUUACUGAUACAAAACUGGAAAAGUUAUACUCUGCAUUUGCAGAUAUUUCUUAUUUCAGAGAACGAAUAGUGAGAAUAAACCUUGAAUUUAACGAAAUAAAAAUUCUAGACGAUAUAUCUUGUUUGAGAAGACUCGACGAGCUAAAUUUACAAUACAAUCGCCUUACAUUUCUGUCCAAUACUUCGCUUACAAACCUUACUUUUUUGCGAACAAUACAGUUAAAAGGCAAUAAACUAAUUGGCAUAGAACCAAAUACACUUUCUUCACCAGACCUAUACAUAUUUAAUGCUGAUAUAAGCAAAAAUGAACUGGAAACUCAAGAUGUGACAAAUAUGUACACUGCAUAUACGUUUUGUGAAAUUAAUUUUGCAUCAAAUGCAAUAAAAGAAUUUGUGAAUGAAGGUAACUUUAUUCUGAAUACCAGCAAGAAGUAUGGACCUGGAUUCCUUAACUUACAAAACAAUGCAAUUGAAAAAUUUCCCGAUCUGAAAACUCUCCUGAACUUAAAUGAUCUAAAUGAGAUGGGAAAAGCUUGGAAAUUCGGAUUUGACUUCCAAGGUGUUCCUGUUAUCUGUGAUUGUUCUUUGGAACCAUUUAUGUCUCUAGCAGAAGAUAUAAUUGAAUCAAUAUGGAUAGGUUAUUUCGAAGUAAAAUGUGCAGCACCGGAGAACUUGAAAAACCAAUUGAUUCCCAAGAUAGACCCGUCAAUGUUUGUCUGCGAAUACAAUGCUGAAUCGGAUUGCCAAACACCACAAUGCACAUGUGUCGAUGAACCGAACAAAAACACGCUUUUCAUAGACUGUUCAAAUGCAAAUCUUACAAAAUUCCCAACAAUACCACUUUCAGCUUAUUCAACUCGUAUAUCCUUGAAUCUGUCUUCCAAUUCAAUCAAGAAUAUACCUAAUAAACCCUUUUUGUCCAAAAUCUCUCACUUGGAUUUAUCAAAUAAUGAUAUUCUUGAAAUAAGUGAAGACACAGCGAGAAAACUUGAGAAUGCAACGCUAAUAGAUCUAACAAAUAACACUCGUCUGCUAAAACUUCCACAGAUGUUUCAAUACCGUAACGCGUGCUCCACUGUCCUUGGAAAUAUCGUUGUAGACUGUGACUGCGAAUCUCUCUGGAUUUCUGAAUGGAUUAAAUCGAAAGGUUGCACAACCAGUCAGUUUUAUUGCAAUAUCCCGGAACAAGGAAUUGUUCCCGCCGGAGCAUUUCAUGAAAAUGAUUUAGACUGCGUUCAAGAAAGUUUUCUUUAUAUAUGGAUAAGUAUCGUACUUGGAAGCAUCCUCCUGAUAUUUUUAGUAUUUGGAUGGCUUUUACGUCAGUUUAGAUAUGAACUUCUAAUUGUCUACCUCAGAAUGAGACGGACAUUUAGAAAGGACAAUUUGGUCUACCCAAACUUUAAAUUCGAUGUUUACAUAUCGCUAGACGAAAACAACGACCAAGUUAGAGACUGGGUUAAUAGACACCUUGAAAAGUACUUGACUUAUUCAGGCUACAAUGUUUUUCUCCCUUAUCGAGACAUUCCAUAUGGAAGUGUACGUGAUACAGAAAUUAUUAACGUACUCAAGGACACUCGCACUCUUCUGGUUGUACUAUCAAACACAUAUUUUGGUACCAUUGACGACGAGCGCUUGUUUACUGAAUGCGAAUGGAAAUACGGGUGGACUAAUUUUAGGAAAGAGAGACAGAGAAAUAUUGUACUCAUCAAUUUUGAUCAUAUUUCUUCUAGAGAGAUCAAGCACGCACAAAUUAAAGCAUUUCUUCGUGUUGGCUGUUGCAUUGAUUUCGGCAACCAUGAUCGAAAUAUCAUGGAAAAUAUCCGAUCAAAACUUGAUACACGUAGACGAAAAAGAAGAGCUGGUCAAAAUUAUUAUAGAACUUUUUCCCAAAGCAGAGAAUGUACGAAAAGUGCUCUGUCUUACAAUGACAUAGAAAUGAACAGUUCAUAAAUGUGUUUUUGCUUAGUGCUUGCAUAAUUACGCAGAUCACAAAAUGCCAUCGCGAAAGAAAAUGGUUAAUAUUCAACCAUGUUUUAAGUCUGAUAUUUUUUGUUCCAUAUUUAUGAAGGAAUCGGGAUCGAUCCCUCUGCGGUAACAUGCGAUAUACCGAAUGAGAUAUAUACUAUCGAAUUAAAAAAAAUGUGUACUUCCGGCACGUGCACAGAGCGUCUGACUUCGGAUUUUUUAAAAGUCUUUUCAAAUGUUUAGUUUAAUCAGUUUAAUCAUAUUUUAUUGUAUAUAUAUACAUAUUCUAUAAACACACAUACAACAAAGCAUAAAUGAAUACACCAAUGUAAAUAUACAAAAGGUUUGGGCCAGAAGUUAUCACAACAUCAUCGGGGGUCCUCAAAUAUUUUCAAAUGUUAUGCAUGGGAUGAGUUGAAAUCGGAUCGAUUCCAGAUUGAGGCAGUGUCUUAUUUCAUAUUAAUCAUCUACGAAGUUUAAUCAAACUUUUAAUGUAAACAUACUACAUGUAGUAGUGUACAACAAAAUGCCGUGCAAAGUUUCAACAUUAUAAGUUAAUUCAGACAAAGCAUGUUACGACUAUUUAAUAUUUAGAUAUUUAAAAUUUGUCUAAAUUUAAGACUUUGAACUUUGACUUAGUGUUGCUAUGGUUUCUCGUCCUUUGGAAUAGUAGAGUCCAUUCAGUUUAGCAUAAUAGAGUUCCGCUAAGCUGGAGGGAUGUUGUUCCACAUAAGCUGGAUGGAUGUUGUUCCGCAUAAGCCGAAUGGAUGUUGUUCCACAUAAGUUGUAUGGAUGUUGUUCCGCAUAAGCUGGAGGGAUGUUGUUCCGCUUUAGCUGUAGGGAUGUUGUUCCGCAUAAGCUGGAUGGAUGUUGUUCCGCAUAAGCUGGAUGGAUGUUGUUCCGCAUAAGCUGGGUGGAUGUUGUUCUGCAAAGCUGGGUGGAUGUUGUUCUGCAUAAGCUGGGUGGAUGUUGUUCCGCAUAAACUGGGUGGAUGUUGUUCCGCAUAAGCUGGAUGGAUGUUGUUCCGCAUAAGCUGGGUGGAUGUUGUUCCGCAUAAGCUGGAUGGAUGUUGUUCCGCAUAAGCUGGGUGGAUGUUGUUCCGCAUAAGCUGGAUGGAUAUUGUUCCGCAUAAGCUGGGUGGAUGUUGUUCUGCAUAAGCUGGGUGGAUGUUGUUCUGCAUAAGCUGGGUGGAUGUUGUUCUGCAUAAGCUGGAGGGAUGUUGUUCCACAUAUGCUGGAGAGAUGUUGUUCCACAUAAGCCGGAUGGAUCUUGUUCUGCAUAAGCUGGAUGGAUGUUGUUCUGCAUAAGCUGGGUGGAUGUUGUUCUGCAUAAGCUGGGUGGAUGUUGUUCUGCAUAAGCUGGAUGGAUGUUGUUCGCAUAAGCUGGGUGGAUGUUGUUCUGCAUAAGCUGGGUGGAUGUUGUUUUGCAUAAGUUGGAUGGAUGUUGUUCCGCUUAAGCUGGGUGGAUGUUGUUCCGCAUAAGCUGGGUGGAUGUUGUUCCGCAUAAGCUGGGUGGAUGUUGUUCCGCAUAAGCUGGGUGGAUGUUGUUCCGCAUAAGCUGGAUGGAUGUUGUUCUGCAUAAGCUGGAUGGAUGUUGUUCUGCAUAAGCUGGGUGGAUGUUAUUCCGCAUAAGCUGGAAAGAUGUUGUUCCACAUAAGCCGGAUGGAUGUUGUUCCGCAUAAGCUGGAGGGAUGUUGUUCGCAUAAGCUGGAUGGAUGUUGUUCCGCAUAAGCCAGAUGGACGUUGUUUCGCAUAAGGUGGAGGGAUGUUGCACCUUUCAUUACCUCUCUGAACAAACUCAAACAGACCGAGUCUGCUGUAUAUAUGGUUCUGUUGUAUGCUUCCAAAAGAUUUUCAUAAUAUUAUGUAAUCUUACUUAUUUAAUGAUUUUAAUGAAUUUGUAGAACAACGACAUUGUGAUGUAAAAUCGUGAUAUUGCUCGUAGCGGUGUAAGUGGAAAUAAGCUUAGACUGUAUGGUACAUUUAAACAGAAUUUUGAAGAAGAGCAGUAAUUGUUUUAAAAUAAAUCAUAUCGAGGUGCACGGUUGGUAUAGCUCCAAUACAUAUAGAAACUGGUAUAUACAACGAUCGUCCUGCUAGUGACAGUUUGUUUUAUUUGUUCUGCUACGAUUGAGGAUGAACUUCCGGUUUUAUUACAUUGUCCAUGUUACAAUUUUAUUCGUAUAGAUCAACUUUAUGCAUCGAGGUGUGUCUGCACUUUUAGCUCAUAACCGCAGUAGCUCAUAACAAUACUGCGGUAAACACCGAGGAUAGCUAAUAAGUCACGUUGAAUUAUACAGAGCUUGUAGAAUCAAUAUAAAUUUCACAACUUUAAAAUGAUACUGAGAAAGUAUACCUUUUUUUUGCUGACAAAUCCAGAAAUAGCUUCAUUAUGUGCCAAAACCUGUUUUAGUAGAAUGUUUUAUGCUCUGUAAAUAGAAGGGAAUUUUUUUUUAUUUUAACUACUUGUGAAUAGAUUAUAGUGUCUCAUAUUUCUGACUAGAAAGGUUUGCAUGUUUUAAUGUGUGAUGUUAUUUUAAUACGUAUUUAUUUGUAUAUCAUGCAACAAAUUGAACUUUCAAUUUUUCCAAUAAUCGGUAUUAUCGAUUUUUUGACACAUUAAAUAAAGAAGGAUAAAUUUGA